AUGGAUCACUACCCUGAUUCAGCACGGAUGCACGUAAUGGACGUCGUAGAUGAUAGGUCUGAUGGAGAGGGCCCAGACGCUUCGAAAGAAGCCGCGGAGAAUGAACCAGAAUUGCCCGAACAGGAGCGUACAGACGACUCUGAAGAUUACCGGGAAUCUUAUGAAGCACAUGCCUACAGCGAAUACAGUAGUACUGAUUCUGAUAAUGAGGAGAACGCUGUGUACAUGGGGGCUCUACUCGCAGGAGGCGAGGAGCGUGAGCUCACUAACUCACCAGAGCGUCAAGCGCUACCGUUCCCAAAGGGGAAGCGCCCGGUCCCGCCGCCCGAAGCUCGCGAAGCCAUCAGAUCUGCGUUACACAGGGAAGACGGUGCACACAGGCCGAGGUACCCAAGGGAAUGGACAGAGCUACUCGCCGCUUAUGUCCAAAUUAACGGCGUAAAGGCCUGGACACUAUUCGACCUCGGAUCCAAUACGGAUGCCGUCAGUACCGAAUUUGCACAGAUAUGCAAUCUUGACGUCUUCGAGCUCGAGAACCCCGUUACGCUUAAGCUGGGCUGUAAAGGCAGCAAGUCUAAGAUUACGCACGGCGGUCAUUGUAGGACCGCCCUAGGGACUAUCAAUACGAGGUGGUACUUCGACGUAGCCAACAUAGCACACUAUGAUGCCGUUGUCGGCUUGCCGUUCUGUGCUAAACACGGAAUCACCAUAAUGCCCGACAAGCGGACCAUCAGGCUUCCGGAUGGCCUAGACAUCCCCGCGGAGCUUGAAGGGGGACGGAUCGGUGGGAAUGACAAAUGGGCUCGGCCCAACCCCGCCAAGCCUCGCGCUUCCUUUCGGAAGUAA